AAGGUACAUUACUGACAAUUCGCGGUGGAUUUCCCUGACCAGGACCACUACUGAGCGACAGAGCCGACCAUGGAAGAACUUACGGCAUUCGUGUCGAAAUCUUUCGAUCAGAAAACCAAGGAGAGCAGCAAAGAGAGUAUCACGUACCGGGAAGUUUUGGAGAGCGGCUUGACAAGGGCGAGGGAGCUGGGCAGCCCGGAGACAAACCUGCAGGACAUAACGGAGAGCAACCACUGCCCGGUGCAUCUGUUCAAGGACCAUGUCGAGCUGGAAAAGGAGAAACUGAAGGACUUUAAUGUUUCGAGGGCGACAGAGGGGAUAUACGAGUGCAAGGAGAAAAAGGAGGACGUGAAGUCGGAGGACGAGGAUGCACAGGGCAAACUGAAGCAGCGGAGGAGUCGCACUAACUUCACCUUGGAGCAGCUGAACGAGCUGGAGCGGCUCUUCGACGAGACGCACUACCCGGACGCCUUCAUGAGAGAGGAGCUGAGUCAGCGGCUUGGACUGUCCGAGGCCAGAGUGCAGGUUUGGUUUCAGAACAGAAGAGCAAAAUGUCGAAAACAAGAAAACCAGAUGCACAAAGGUGUUAUUCUGGGCAGUGGCAGUCACCUCGACGCAUGCAGAGUAGCACCCUAUGUCAAUAUGGGUGCCCUCCGGAUGCCCUUCCAACAGGUCCAAGCUCAGCUCCAGUUGGACGGGGUCACCCACUCCCACCCUCACCUACACCCUCACCUGGCUGCUCACGCUCCCUACCUGAUGUUCCCGCCCCCUCCCUUCGGACUACCAAUCGCAUCGCUCGCCGACUCGGCCUCUGCGGCGGCGGCAGUGGCGGCAGCUGCCAAAAGCAACAGCAAGAACUCGAGCAUCGCUGACCUGCGACUCAAGGCAGGACUUCUGCGGGGCCAGUGGCUCAGUCCACUCCAGGCACAGAUCACAUCCCAAGGACCGUACAAACACAUGUGGAUGUCUGUCUGAGGGCCAGGCCGGGGCCCGUCAGACCAGAAGACGUUAGAACAAAGCAAACUGGCAGGCAGCAGCAGGGCCAAAAGCAGAGCCUCGCUGACGCUGGCUGCCGC